GAUUCUCAUUCUCAUUCUUAUUGCCAGCGAGUGAGUCAAAAGAGACACUAACAAAACAAACCCCGUGAAAGCAAAGCACCCCACCGCGCUCUUUGCCUAACCGACUCACUCCCAUGGAAUCCGAUCUAAACGACGCCGUUUUUCCCGAAGAAGAUCUCGACGACGACGACGAAACUCCAGAGGAUGAAGAGGAGGAGGAGGACGACGACGUCUUAGAUGACGAUGAAACCGAACCCCCUCCCUCCGUCAUCGCCGUCGCGCCGCCCGCUUCCGAAACGCUCGACACCGCGUUAAUUCCGAUCUCCUCCGUCGCGGAUUCCUCGCCGAAACCGCUGCGCACGGAGCUAAUCGAGGAGAAAAAAGCGCUGGACGAUUCGCGGCGACUGUUCCAGCGUCUGUGGACAGACGAGGACGAGAUCGGGCUCUUGCAGGGUUUUCUGGAGUACACGGCGCAGCGAGGAUCCUCUCACCACAACGACACCGCCCUGUUCUACGACCAAAUCAAGUCGAAGCUCCAACUCGGCUUCAACAAGAACCAGCUCGUCGAGAAGCUCCGAAGGCUGAAGAAGAAGUACCGCAACGUCCUCAACAAAAUCAGCUCCGGCAAGGAAGUCUCUUUCAAGAGCCCUCACGACCGAGCCACCUUCGAAAUCUCGCGCAGGAUCUGGAGCAACACCGCUCCAAUCACCGGUCCCGUCGAAGACGACGACGAAAUCAUCACUAACCCUAAUUUCGGCAAUUCGGCGAAGAUGCCUAUUUCGCGGAAGCGGUCGCGGCCUCAGAAGCGCGAGUUGAACGACGGUUCAACGUUGAAUAGAGAUAAUAAUUGCAAUAGUAACAGUAAUAAUAAUAAUAAUAAUGAGAAUUGUAAUAGUAGGCUUAACUUACAGGGUUUGAUUGAAGAGACGGUGAGGAGUUGCGUGUCGCCGGUGUUGAAGGAGUUGGCGUGUGGUACUGGUGGCAUGGGAUUGGGAAGAGGGUUCGCAUUGAAUCCCUUGCAAAUGCCAAUGCCAAUGAGUUUAAUGAAUUUGGGGAUUGUUGGGGAAACGGCGAUGGAUGAGAAGUGGAGGAAGCAACAGAUUCUGGAGCUGGAAGUGUAUUCCAAACGUUUGGAAUUGGUGCAGAAUGAGAUCAAGGUUGCUCUCGAGGAAUUGCGUUCAGCUGGUGGAGGAUGACCCAAAAUAAAACUAAGCUUUUAGGUGUUUACAGUACUUCAUAAGGAUUUGCUUGCUAAUUUAUUGAUCCACUAAUGGUUGAUAGGGUAGCUAGACAGUUUGUAUUUUUUCCCCCUUUUUUUCUAUAGUUUAGCUUUUUCCUUCUUUUUUUGCUUUUCAGUAUAGCUUUUGAUUAUUGCAAACAGUAUUUGUUCAAUAAAAUGUUCUUAUUUUUGUCUUUUUGGCUUAUGUAAAAUUUUCUUCUUGGCUGAUUAAUAAUUUACAUGUACAUGUACAGAUUAAGUCAGGGAAUUGGCGUAAGAUGAAAGGCCUUGUAUUUUGAUGUAUUGUAAAGUAUGAAAUUGUCAAUUGUGGGUGAA